AAGUGUGGGGUGAGAGCUCCUCCUAGAACCCCCUGAGCCUUGAGGAAAGAAUUGUGCUCCCAGGACCUACACAGCAGAGAUCCGUCUCCUCCUUCCCUGUCAACACCCCUCCAGGGGAUAGCGCCUCCAUUCAUACCCCAAUUGGCCUCACCAGUGAUCAAGCUGAGAUGACCGUCAAACUGGACUUUGAGGAGUGUCUCAAGGACUCACCCCGUUUCCGAGCCUCUAUUGAGCUGGUGGAAGCUGAAGUGUCAGAAUUGGAGACUCGUCUGGAAAAGCUCCUCAAGCUGGGCACUGGCCUCCUGGAGAGUGGGCGCCAUUACCUUGCUGCCAGCCGCGCCUUCAUUGUUGGCAUUUGUGACCUGGCUCGUCUGGGUCCCCCGGAGCCCAUGAUGGCGGAGUGUCUGGACAAAUUCACUGUGAGCCUGAGCCACAAGCUGGACAGCCAUACAGAGCUUCUAGAUGCCAUUCAACACAUGCUGCAGCAGCAAAUCCAGACCCUGGUCAAGGAAGGUCUUCGGGGUUUCCGAGAGGCUCGCCGGGAUUUCUGGCGGGGGGCUGAGAGCCUGGAGGCUGCCCUUACCCACAAUGCGGAGGUCCCUAGGCGCCGAGCCCAGGAGGCAGAAGAGGCGGGAGCUUCUUUGAGGACUGCUCGAGCUGGGUACCGGGGACGGGCAUUGGAUUAUGCCCUGCAGAUCAAUGUGAUUGAGGAAAAGAGGAAGUUUGACAUCAUGGAGUUUGUGCUGCGUUUGGUGGAAGCCCAGGCUACCCAUUUCCAGCAGGGCCAUGAGGAGCUGAGCCACCUGGCUCAGUAUCGCAAGGAGCUGGGUGCCCAGUUGCACCAGCUGGUCUUAAAUUCAGCUCGAGAGAAGAGGGACAUGGAGCAGAGACAUGUGCUGCUGAAGCAGAAGGAGCUGGGUGGAGAGGAGCCAGAGCCAAGCCUAAGGGAGGGCCCUGGAGGUCUGGUCAUGGAAGGGCAUCUCUUCAAACGGGCCAGCAACGCAUUUAAGACGUGGAGCAGACGCUGGUUCACCAUUCAGAACAACCAACUGGUUUAUCAGAAGAAGUACAAGGACCCCGUGACUGUGGUGGUGGAUGACCUUCGCCUCUGCACAGUAAAGCUCUGUCCUGACUCAGAAAGGAGGUUCUGCUUUGAGGUGGUGUCAACCAGCAAGUCCUGCCUCCUCCAGGCUGACUCAGAACGCCUCCUACAGCUGUGGGUCAGUGCUGUGCAGAGUAGCAUCGCCUCUGCCUUCAGCCAGGCUCACCUUGAUGACAGCCCCCGGGGUCAAGGCCAGGGUUCAGGACACCUGACUGUGGGCUCUGCUGCCACCCUGGGCUGUGGCAGGAUGGCCAGGGGAAGGGAGUCAGGAGGAGUUGGGCACGUGGCAGCCCAGGUACAGAGUGUGGAUGGCAAUGCCCAGUGCUGUGACUGCCGGGAGCCAGCCCCAGAGUGGGCCAGCAUCAACCUUGGUGUCACCCUCUGCAUCCAGUGCUCCGGCAUUCACAGGAGCCUUGGUGUUCACUUCUCCAAAGUCCGAUCUCUGACCCUUGACUCAUGGGAGCCAGAACUAGUGAAGCUUAUGUGCGAGCUGGGAAAUGUUGUCAUCAACCAGAUCUAUGAGGCCCGUGUGGAGGCACUGGCAGUGAAGAAGCCAGGGCCCAGCUGUUCCCGACAGGAGAAGGAAGCCUGGAUUCAUGCUAAAUAUGUGGAGAAGAAGUUCCUGACCAAACUUCCUGAAAUUCGAGGGCGAAGAGGUGGCCGGGGGCCCCCAAGGGGACAUCCUCCUGUGCCCCCAAAACCUUCCAUCAGGCCCCGGCCAGGGAGCUUCAGAUCCAAGCCAGAGCCUUCCUCUGAUGACCUAGAAAGCCUGCACCCUGGGGCCCUGCUGUUUCGAGCUGCUGGACAUCCUCCAUCCCUUCCCACCAUGGCUGAUGCCCUUGCCCAUGGAGCUGAUGUCAACUGGGUCAAUGGGGGUCAAGAGAAUGCCACACCGCUGAUCCAGGCCACAGCUGCUAAUUCUCUUCUGGCCUGUGAGUUUCUGCUUCAGAAUGGGGCAAACGUGAACCAAGCGGAUAGUGCAGGCCGGGGCCCACUACACCAUGCAACCAUUCUUGGCUACACAGGGCUUGCCUGCCUGUUCCUGAAACGGGGGGCUGAUCUAGGGGCUCGAGACUCUGAAGGCAGGGAUCCUCUGACCAUCGCCAUGGAAACCGCCAAUGCUGACAUCGUCACUCUGCUACGAUUGGCAAAGAUGAGGGAGGCUGAAGCCGCUCAGGGCCAGGCAGGAGAUGAAACCUAUCUUGACAUCUUCCGCGAUUUCUCUCUUAUGGCAUCGGAUGACCCAGAGAAGCUGAGCCGACGUAGUUAUGACCUCCACACACUGUGACCCCAGGCCCUGCGCCCCCAGCCCACCACCCGCCCCUCCUCCAUUAAACCUUUUUUCUUUGCGCUGCC